AAGGUUUUUUUCACCACCUGUUGUGAUUUGAAUACGCUGAAGAAAUUAAAAUCUGCAGAGAGGUUAUUUUUGCUGAUUAAAAAGCAGGUUGCACUUACUGUUUCUUCUGUAAGUAAAGGAAAAAUAUUUAAUGAAAUGCAAAGACUUAUAAAUGAUGAUCCAGGAAGUUGGUUGAAUGCCAUGUCAAUUUGGAAAAAUCUUCUUGAACCUGAUGCAAAAAAGGAAAAACUCUCUCAAAGAGAUGCUAACUCACUAAAAAGAAAAGUGGUAGAAAAUGAAAUCAUUGUUGCAAAGAAAUUAAGGAUAGAACAAAUGCAGAAGAUAGAAGAGCACUGGGAAUGCCAACUGGAAAAACAAAUAGACCAAGAAGCAUUGGAGCAAAGGGAUUUUAUCACUAAGAGAGAAAAAUUUCAAGAAGAAUUUCAGAAUGAUGUAAAGAAAACAACUAAUACUCUUAACCAGAACGACCUGACUUUCAGAGUUUCUUGUCGCUGCAGUGGAGCUAUUAGAAAGGCCUUUACUUCACAGGAAGCAGGAAGAGUAAUUGGAAUUGCUCUUAUGAAACAGUUUGGUUGGAAAGCAGAUUUGAGGAAUCCAAAUUUAGAGAUCUUUAUACACCUAAAUGACGUUUACUCUGUGAUGGGGAUUCCUAUGUUCAGGUACCCUCUGGUUCUGACUGACACCUGGCUGUCCACUGAGGACUCUGUGUCCUCUGUAGACACGUCAAAUGAUGGAGGCUUUUUCUCCCACAUCCCCAGUACCGCUGGGCCUGCAGGUGGGGAUGGUGCAUUUGUUUUGGAUCCAAUGUGUGGACUUGGAACAAUACUUUUGGAAGCUGCUAAAGAAUGGCCAGUAAGUUCUAAAGUUUGUUAAACCAGGCAAUAUAUUUCUUUUAAUUAGUAUAUAUAUGGUCACUUGCCAGUUAUUUACAAGUAGAUUGUUUGGGGAUUAUUAUUUUUAAUUAUUUGGGUUACUAUUUACUGUAGUUAAGAUAGA